GACUUGCUCCUUGGCGUCAAGGGAAACCCGCUGGACGGGUGCCAGCCAGGCCCUGCAGCCCCACCCAACGCAGGGAGGAGAGAGAGAGAGGGACAUAGAGAGCAGCCCUCCUGCCCUGGCCCCACACGCCGCUCGGCCUCCUCCAGGGAAGGAAGGAAGGAAGGAAGGAAGGAAGGAAGGAAGGAAGGAAGGAAGGAAGGAAGGAAGGAAGGAAGGAAGGAAGGAAGGAAGAAAGGAAGGAAGGAAGGAAGGAAGGAAGGAAGGACAGACAGGCUCGCCAUGAGCUCCGGCCUCUUGCUCUUCGCCCUGCUGGGAGCCCUCUCCCUCUGGGCCCACCUGCCCUCCGCCUCCAGCCAAUUCCAGGACCCCUGUGGCCACUUCCCCAGGGAGAAGGACCACUGCGGGGAGCCCAAGCCCCGCUUCUUCUUCAAUGGCUCCUCCAAGGCCUGCGAGCCCUUCCUCUCCCGAGGGUGUCCCUGGAACCUGAACCGGUUUCACACCGUGGAGGAAUGCCGGCGCCACUGUGCCAAGAUCAAAAAGGCCGGGUUCUGCCCCCCGAGUCCCACAGGCUUCACCACCGAGUGCCUGACGCACUGCAUCCACGACGGCGGCUGCCCUGGAGCCCAGAAGUGCUGCUCCUAUGGAUGCGCCUUGCGCUGCUCCGACCCGGUCAAAGACCUUUGCCAGCUGCCUCCUGAGGCCGGUCCCUGUGGCGCCAAACUCCAGAGGUGGUAUUUCGACGGGGCCACCAAGUCCUGCAAGCGGUUCACCUUUGGCGGGUGCCUCGGGAACAAGAACAACUUCCAGAAGCGCAAGGAGUGCCGCCAGAGGUGCCUCCAGAGAGCCAGCGGCCAGCGCUGAAGGCCACGCUUGCCCAGGGACCUCCCGUGUUGCCAGCAAACGUACCUGACACUCAGACCCGAAAAGGGCAAAGUGGAUGUGGGUGGGCUGGAAGGGGCCCCAGUGGCUCCUCCUUCCUGACCCCCAUCACCCCCCGGACUCAGCUGUGUGCCCGCAGGAAGAGGCCAUCUCCCUCAAAGAAGGCUCCUGAUCCUCUGAGCCAUCAGCAUCCGGAUUCACGGUCUGUUCGACAAGGAAGAGUCCAGGAUACUCCUGCAAGUGGAAGUUAACCUACUGUUAGAUCCCACGUCCCUUUCCUUUUGCCACAAGUUAGAAAGAUCAGCUUUCACCGUCUGCCAUGAUAGGUCCAAAGGCCCGACUCUGUGAGCCAAACAUGAAGGGGCAUCCGACAGAGGUUAGCUUCAAGGAAAUGGGCUUUUGGGAAAUACUGUCACCUCUCAUUUUCGAGCCCUCACUCACCACGUCAUCACAGUCAUUAAAUACUUCUGAGACACCCACUUACGAAAUGGCACCCUACUGUGUCUAUCACAUGACGUAGACCUCAAGUGCCGGGUAGAGGUAUCUUGGGGUUAAACAAGUGUUGCAAAGUGUUAUCUUUUCAGGCAGUUCCUAAGCUGGUUGGCAAGUGACUUUUGCAAAUUUUUUUCGUGUCAGGAGCAACCGGAGUUGCUUCUGGAGUGAGAGAAUUGGCCGUCUGCAAGGACGUUGCCCAGGGGACGCCCGGAUGUUUUGAUGUUUUACCAUCCUUCUGAGAGGGAGGCUUCUCUCAUGUCCCCACAUGGAGCUGGAGCUGACAGAGGGAGCUCAUCCGCGCUCUCCUCGGGUGGGAUUCGAACCUGGCAGCUUUCAGGUCAGCAACCCAACCUUCAAGUCUUUUAUCCCCUAGGCCACCGGAGGCUCCAGUUAUCUGGAUAGAGAUGAGCAAAACCCCAAGGGCCAUCCAGUCCAACCAUGUAGCAAAAGCACAAUCAAAGCACCGCUGACAGAUGACCAUCCUGCCUCUGAAUAAUAAUGAAUAAUAAUAAUAAAAAUAAAAUAUUAUCUUACUUCGCAAUUGUGUAGCCCUUACUUUGAAAGUACUGUAGUUUUUUUUACUCCAGAAACUUUGUUUUUGUGCCCACAAAACUAUGUUAAAUUGGUGGAGACUUAUUGCUAGGAUUACUAUUAUUCAUAAUUAUUAUUAUUAUCGUUUAGAAGUAACACUUAGUUAACAAGUAUUUUCUGAAGGAGAGGAAGGGAAGGAGAAAAAGAAGCUAAAGUAAAAGGGUGAUGCUCCCAGCCCCCAAAAGCACAUGCAUGCACCCCACCCACCGUCCCUCCGGUUCCCAACUCCCAGUCAAUCCCACUAAAUAAAAAGAAUCAGGAAAAGAAAGGAAAAUCAAAAAAAUUCAACUGUGAUGCUGAAGAGGGGAGGAGGAGCCGAGAUCAGCUCCCACUUGCUUUCGUGUCGGGCAGGUUUUCAUAACGGAUGUGGUCCCGAAGUAUCGAAUGUACCGAAUGAAACAGAGGAAACGAAUUCCGCGCACAAACCUAUUGUACAUUUUCAAAUAAAAGUGCAGAACCAGCCAGAUGAAUACCGGCUGUCAAAGCUCUAGAAAGGCC